AAGUUGUGUGGUCAUCGCAUCAGAUACAGAUAAUUUCUCUCAGAAGUUUCGCUUUGUUCUUAAAGUUAACAAUAAAGUAGCGUUAUGUGGUGGUUUUUGAUAUUGAUAAGUUUUUCAGGUAUCUACGCAGACGACCUGCUUCCUUUAGAAUUCAACACUGAAUACUUAUCCAGUAUAACCUAUCAAGAUCUGAUAAAGGAUGAAGCAUUAAUUCGAAUUAAGAAACCGAAACUGCUUUUUUAUUAUGGAAUUCAAUCGUCAUACAAGUACGAUUUCAAUGAAUCCACUGUUAUCCUGACGAAUCCAUUAUUUAAUAAUACUAUGAAGACAGUAAUUUAUAUUCAUGGUUUCUUAGACGGCGCAUUUGCUGAAAGUGUAAAAACUGUCACUCGGGCCUACAUCGAGCGGGGAGAUCAUAAUAUUAUUGUUGUCGACUGGCAUGCAGACGCUAUCCCAGGAUAUUUCAUCAAUGCUAUAUUUAAUAUGAGGAAGGUUGGCUUCAGUGCCUCAACUUCUAUUCUCAACAUGUUAAAUAAUGGGUUAAAUAUUGACACUCUCCAUUUAGUCGGACACUCCUUGGGGGCUCAAAUGGCAGGAAUUAUUGGACGCGAGAUUCAGAGGAAAACGAAAGGAGAAAAGUUGAUAAGAAGAAUAACGGCAUUAGACCCUGCAUAUCCUGGAUUUUAUGAUGUUUCCCUUGUCGAUCAUGUUACUAAAAGAGAUGCCGAAUUUGUUGAUGUUAUUCAUACUGACGCCGGUACGUUCGGCGCCCCUUAUCAUACAGGCACAGUGGACUUUUGGCCAAAUGGAGGGAAAACCAUGCAACCAGGAUGUGAUAGUUUGAUCUUCCUUGUAGUUGAUUUAUGUAGUCACUCAAGAUCUUGGCGAUAUUGGGCUGAGAGUGUGGCUGGGAAAUUUGAUAAGAAGUUUAAUGCAGUUCGAGCCAAGAGUUGGAAUGACUUCAAAAAGGGGAUAACAGAGGAGUUCGAUCCGAAUGUAGUGAUAGGCAUCGAGAUGUCCUUUGGACUCUCGGGAAAUUAUUAUCUACAAACAAAUUUUCAGUCACCAUUUGCGAGAGGUGAAGCUGGUAUCAUGUAUGAAAAGCGCCUGGAUAUGCUUUCCGAAAGAGUUGCACCUCAAUAACUAUAUUCUAUUUUAGAAAAAUGUGUAAAAAGAAUUUAAGGAAGAAUUUUAGCAAAUAUAUAUUAGCUUGCUUUACCCUGUU